UCUGGCGGCUGGAGACGGAGGCGCUUUGCCGCUCGCCACCCCCGGCUUGGCUCCUCCCCUUCCCCGCCUCGCUUCGCGCUGUCAGGCAGCUCGGGGAGCCCUGCUGCAGGCGAAGGUUCGCUCAGCUCGCCUACUCCGCAGCUCGCGCCGCCUUGGCCCCACCCUCUCCCUCCCGGCGCGAGGGCCCCCUGACUUGGCUUGUUCUGAGCUUGGGUCGCGCGGAGCUCGGCUCUGUAGCUGUCUCGCGCCGCCCUAGCCUAGCCCCGCCCAUUUGCGAGGAGCCCAGCUCCGUCGGAGAGGAGCGGCCGAGUCGGCUGCUGGGCUCGGUUUCCUGCUCAGUGGGCGUCAGUUGGGCCUCUCUGGGCCCCGCCCCUCCUUCCCUCUCGGCUGGCUCUGAGCUGUCAAUCAGGCGCCGGGCUCAGGGGCAGGCGGCGGCGGCGGGCGGAGAGAGGCAGCUACGCCACAGCCCAGCGGCGGCCAUUCGUGGAAAAAUAGGCCGUCCCGCUCCUCCCAGCUCCGGCUGCGACCGGCCUUCUCCCCGCUACCCCCACCCCACCCUCCGCCUCCUCCGCCUCCUCCUCCCCCCCAGAGCGGCGCCUCAGCGGGGCAUUAAUGCGGGAUGAGCGAUCAAAAGAAGGAGGAAGUUAUGCCCACAGAGGGAGAGAAAUCUCCUGAGGCAGAGAACAACAAUAAUAAAAAAAAUAAAACUGGAGGCUCACAGGAUUCUCAACCUUCACCUCUGGCUUUGCUGGCAGCCACUUGCAGCAAAAUUGGGACUCCUGGUGAGAAUCAAUCAACUGGACAACAGCAGAUUAUUAUAGAUCCAAGCCAAGGUUUGGUGCAGCUUCAAAAUCAACCACAACAGUUAGAAUUAGUAACAACUCAGCUUGCUGGAAAUGCAAAUGCAUGGCAGCUUGUUGCUGCUGCUCCUCCUGCUUCAAAAGAAAACAAUGUUGCUCAACAAGGAUCUUCUGUUGCGUCAAGCACAGCAAGUCCUUCCGGCAGCAACAAUGGGAAUACAUCUCCUUCAAAAACUAAAUCAGGCAAUUCUUCUGCUACUAACCCUGGACAGUUUCAAGUAGUACAAGUACAGAAUCCAAGUGGUAGUGUCCAAUACCAAGUGAUCCCACAGAUUCAGACAACGGAAGGUCAGCAAAUUCAAAUCAAUCCUGCCAAUGCUACAGCUCUGCAAGAUUUACAGGGUCAAAUUCAGCUCAUCCCUGCAGGGAAUAAUCAAGCUAUCCUCACAACUGCAAAUAGGACCACUUCGGGGAAUAUUAUUGCUCAGAACCUGGGAAAUCAGACAGUUCCAGUCCAAAUUAGGCCUGGUGUUUCAAUACCACUGCAACUGCAGACUAUUCCAGGUACUCAGGCUCAGGUUGUAACAACCUUGCCUAUAAACAUUGGAGGAGUAACUCUAGCAUUGCCUGUGAUAAACAAUGUGGCAGCAGGAGGUGGUUCUGGACAGGUUGGCCAGACUGCUGAUAGUGGAGUUUCCAAUGGGAAUCAGGUAGUAUCCACGCCUGUCACCACUGCUUCUGUUAGUACUAUGCCAGAAUCCCCUUCCUCUUCUUCCAUUUGUACAACCACUGCCUCAACAUCUCUGACUAGCAGUGACACUUUAGUAAGCUCAGCAGAGGCAGGCCAGUAUGCAAGCACAGCAGGCAGCAGUUCAGAGCAUACUCCUGAAGAACCUCAAACAGCUGCCACGGAAUCAGAAGCCCAGAGCUCCAGUCAGCUUCAGCCUAAUGGACUACAAAAUGUGCAGGAUCAGUCAAGUUCACUUCAACAGGUGCAAAUUGUAGGUCAGCCUAUUCUACAGCAAAUACAGAUCCAACAGCCGCAACAGCAGAUUAUUCAAGCCAUUUCUCCACAGUCAUUUCAGCUCCAGUCAGGGCAAACUAUUCAGACCAUCCAACAACAGCCUUUGCAAAAUGUUCAGCUGCAAGCAGUGAGUCCAACUCAGGUACUCAUCAGGGCUCCAACUUUAACACCAUCAGGGCAGAUCAGCUGGCAAACUGUGCAGGUUCAGAAUCUUCAAAGCCUUUCAAACUUGCAAGUUCAGAAUGCUGGGUUACCCCAGCAACUAACCAUCACCCCAGUGUCUUCAAGUGGGGGCGCAACUAUUGCCCAGAUUGCACCAAUGGCUGUUGCUGGUACCCCAAUCACACUGAAUGCUGCCCAGCUUGCUUCAGUGCCUAACCUCCAAACAGUAAGUGUUGCCAGCCUCAGUGCAGCAGGUGUUCAAGUUCAAGGAGUUCCAGUUACCAUUACCAGUGUUGCAGGUCAACAGCAAGGACAGGAUGGAGGCAUGAAAGUACAGCAAGCCACAAUAGCUCCUGUAACUGUAGCCGUAGGAGGUAUUGCUAAUGCAGCAAUUGGUGCUGUUAGUCCUGAUCAGAUCACACAAGUGCAGUUACAACAAGCCCAGCAAGCUUCUGACCAGGAAAUACAACCUGGCAAGAGGUUAAGAAGAGUUGCCUGCUCAUGUCCUAAUUGUAGAGAAGGAGAAGGAAGAGGCAGCAGUGAGCCAGGAAAAAAGAAGCAGCAUAUCUGCCAUAUCGAAGGAUGUGGAAAAGUUUAUGGGAAAACAUCUCAUCUCCGGGCACACCUUCGUUGGCAUACUGGAGAAAGACCAUUUGUAUGCAACUGGAUGUUUUGUGGCAAAAGAUUUACACGGAGUGAUGAGCUGCAAAGACAUAGAAGAACCCACACAGGUGAAAAAAGAUUUGAGUGCCCCGAAUGUUCUAAGAGGUUUAUGCGGAGUGACCAUCUCUCCAAACAUGUCAAAACUCAUCAGAACAAGAAAGGUGGUGGAACAGCCCUUGCUAUUGUUACUUCAGGAGAACUGGACUCUUCAGUUACUGAGGUUCUUGGCUCUCCAAGAAUUGUCACAGUUGCAGCCAUUUCUCAAGAUUCAAACCCAGCAACCCCUAAUGUUUCAACAAACAUGGAAGAAUUCUGAAAGGAUCAUUUAUACAGACACCUAGUGCUGCACUUAAGUUUACAUACCUUUCAUGAUAUGGAAGUGGGCUGGUAAAGUGGAUUACAGAGCAGGAAAUCAUGUUUUCAGUCUUGACUUCUGUAAGUAUUCCAAGUUGGAGGGUCAGCAUGAGAAGUGUACACUGGUGCAACAAGACAAAUUUUCAAAAAUACAAACAGCGCAAAUUGACAUACUGGAUAAACAGUUGGGGGAAUACUGCUUCCCUACUGUACUUUUUUAGUUAUGUGGCUCUAUAUUAUAUAAUUGUUUUAAAUGAAAAUAUCCCCUCUCUUUUAGCAUUUGUGUGUUGUGUUUGUAAAAUCAGACAAUUUCAAUAUGACAGGGUGGAUCUUGGUUAGAAGUGUUGUCAUUUGGAGGUACUUUGUUUAUAAUCUGAAUCUGUAAUAUUUUCAUGGGAACUUCUUUUCCCAUGAGGCACAACAAAAAUGCAUAAGAAUUGAGUGGUAAUUAUUUCUUUGCUCAGUUCUGUGGAAUAUAUAAAUUGAUUUUGGCCGUCUUUUCUCAAGUUUAGAAAUUAUUCAAAUAACAGUUGAAUAUACAUGCUGCAAAGCAGAUCUGAGGUGCAGCUCAGAUAAUUUUGACCACUACAUUAUAGUAGUGUGUAUAAAUGACAAUCACUGAACUCAGAUUUCUCUCUUUCUUUGGAGAGUUAAAAGAUAUUUAGAUUUAAUGUAUACGUUAGAAAAAAAUUAAACUACAGAAAUAUAUUAACAUAAGAUUUUACAGAAUUAAUAUCUUUAUGUAGGAUAAUAAUAAAAUAUGGCAACUUGUGUGUUUAAGUUUUGAUAUUCCAGUUCAUUACAUUGUAAGGCAUCAGGAAUCCAUUUGUUAACUAGAGUCACAAAACUCAUACUUUUGAAUAUUGAAAUUUUAUGGGAAUACUUGGACAUUAAUUGGACACCUGAAUUGUUUAAUGAGUGUUGUAACUCAUUCUCCAGUUCUGUUCUGUAAAUAUAAAUUAUUAUUAUAUUAUGGUGAAGGUGAAGAAUUCUUUAUACUUUGACUAAACAGCCAAAGAAAAGGACAAAUUAUGACAUUUUAACAACAAAAAAGGUAAUUGUAAAUUAAUGUAUUUUUUCUUUCUCUCCCUCUAAAGAUUAAUCAUCGUAUUUUCUUUCCAAUUGUAAGUGCAUAGGCUGGUAAGGAAUAUCCACCACCCAUUUUCUUAUAUGAUCAAUAAUUUUGAGCCUCCAGCCACAAGAGAAACUGGGGCAAAAAAGGAAUAAAGCAAUUGAUUAUCAUAUAGCAAUUGAUUAAAAAGGUUUGAUUAUAUUUCCAAUAUCUAUUAACUUAAUAGAACAUAAUUGUUGGAGAAAGAAAACAACUGAGCAUUUUUUAUGUGAAAACUCCAGUGCAUACAUGGAGGAAAGAUGGCCAAAUAUUUCACACUCAGGAUUUUGAAUUAUUUCCCAUAGGCGUAAAUGGAAUGUUUUACAAAUUUAGCCAUUUGGUAUCUCAUGACAGUCCAUUUUUUAAAAUUUAUACAUCAAAAUAUUUUUGUGAUUAAAAAAGGGAGUACAGUGCAAGAAGGAUUACUCUUUUUCCUGCCGGUUAAAGAUGAACAGUUUAUUUGGGAAAUGUUUGUAUGAGACACAUAACAGAUACCUUGUGCAUUCCUUCAGAAAACAUACUUCUCAGAUGAAUGCUUUAUCAAUCUUGUGAUGUUUCAUGUAUUUUUGAAGAAAGAAAUACCAAUCAUUGUUUACACUGUGUACACUUUAGGCCAGCCCUUUGUAGCGAAAUAUAAAGCUGAAGGUCUUUUAUACUUUCAGUUUACAUUAAAAGCUUUGAAAUUAAAGGAAAAACAAUUUUACACUGUGGUUAUAGAUUUCAAGUUUCUUAAAGCUUUUGUAGACUUGUAACAAAGUCUUUAAAUUUUAGUUGGGUUUUGUACAUUAUUUUGUAUAUUUUAUUUAAAGUACUCUCAGCUGAUGUAUCUGGAUUUAAAACAUCAGAAUCAAUUAGAUUACUACAUUUAAUACAAAUGAACAUUAGGUAGUGCUAAUUGUUAAUUUUGUUAUAUAAGAACUGAAACAUCAAAUAUAUAUUUUAUCAUUAUGCUUCACAAUCAGUGCUAUACAUUUCUUUAUGCAAAGAAGAACUUUCCUAAUGUUAUAAUCAUGUUUCUUAGAAGUUAACAGUUUUUAUAAACUGAAGCUAUAAGCAUUCUGCACAGCCAUUUCAUAUUUUUUCAUGCAUACUUUAUGUAUGCAGUUAAGAAACUGAAGUCAUUUUUAAUCUACAAUGAGUCCCUAUUACAAAUGUAUCAAAAUCUAAAUCCGGUUGGCUUCAUAGUAUCUAAAGUACAUUCACUUAUGUUAGCAGGUGCACAUUUUACAGCUGGAAUUAGAAACAUUUUGACAGUCUGUUCUGCAUACCAUUCUGAGUCCACUUUUCUGUCUUAGAAGGAUCGUAAAUUUCAAUGUCCUUUAUUUGACUCAGUGGGAUAUAGCUGUUGUAAGUAAUAGGACACAGAUGUGCAGUAGUAUCUUGUUUAAUGGCAUUUCACUGUUCAUUCCCUUUGCCACUGUUAUAAAAUUUUGCUUUAUUGUAAUUAUCAGUGCAAAGUGUAUUUAUCAUGGUAGAACUCCAGUGUUAGAAUAGUUUUUUUCUUACAAUAUACAUUCUUUGGUUAGUUUUGUGUAUGUGUUGCCGAUUACAUUAGAAAUUGGUGUUAAGUCAUUAUUUAUCACACUCUUUCACGAGAGCAGUAAUAAAAGUGUGUAAUUUAGGAGAAAAAGUUAAUUUGUCAAACUUAGGUAAGCAUGAUGUUUAGGUCCUAUUUUUCAAUUUUAUAACUGUUUUAUUGCAACAAUAUUUGUAUUUAAGUCUUCAUUUUAAUGCCUUGUGGUGUUUUUUAAUGCAUGUCACUGAAUUGUCAUCCCGCAUAAAUUGAUGUGCAGCAUAGGGUAUUAAAUCUACAUAAAUGAUUUUGAAACAGAGGAAUAGUUGAUGGUAAAAAAUGUAAAUGUUUUGCAAAAAUUCCUUAUAAAAAAGUUUUGUAGUAAUAUUUCACUUGUAAAUUGUUUUCUAAAAAAAUAGAAAAAUGGAAAAAAAAAAAAAGAGAGAGAGAGAGAGAAUAAAACCAGAUUUCCCACAUUCUAGAAUUUAGAACUGAAUUCUGCCAGCAAAGCCUCUAAGGCAUUAAUUUGACAUUUUUUAUAUUGCUGAUUUUUUUUUUUUGGUAGAUUUAGAACUAAAAUUAUGUACAAGUUGUUGCCUGCAAUAACAAUUUUGCAAGUAACCUAUUAAAAUUCCCUUGAGUUAAAA